AUUUUCUGGUGGCUGUAUUUUUAUUCAAAGUGCAGCUCAGCGUCACAGGGGGGCUCUGCACUCCAGUUAUUGUUUGUUGUAUUCAUCUCUCACUACGAUGUGAGAAGGAAGACCUGUCUGGUUUUCUAGGUGAAGGAAGAAUUCCCAGAGGACUCCUGACAUCUGUUGUGGUUUCCUUCCAUAGAGACCAGCAUCACCAGGCAGAGCCUAGGUGGACCUGCUCUGUUGUCAGGUGACUAAACUGAGGUGUUAUAGUCUAAUCCACAUCCACAGGGUUGUCUGAUUUAAAAACAGAAGACUUGGGUGGACAUGCCAAUUGUAAAAAUGUGUUAGAGUGAGGUCUGACUUUGGAGGAUGGAUAAUUUAGGUGAUGUCGGCGCGAACAAAUGGCAGAGGCUGCUCAGGUGGCAUCGAGGGCACAAAGUAAAUGAGGAAGGAGACAAUGGUGUCAAGGAAGAAGGAAAACGUAACAGACUGCUGGAGCUAAAUCGGAAUUUCAAGUAAGUAAUGGGUGAGGUUAACAUUUCUAACACAACGAAAACAUGCAUGACCUUAUUCAUAACCUUAGAAUGAAUAAAUGAUCUGAUUUUGCUUACUUCUGUUCCAUUGAUACACUCUGUUUACUCUGACUUUAAUACCUUUAAUUUGGCUGAGAUCUCAAAAGAAUCACACCUCUCAAAGACUGUUUAUUUUCCCAGUUCUUAGGUCUUGCUUUUUGACUAAAACAACUAUGAAUCCUAAUUCUUCACUCCUCUCUCUUUAUCAUCACCUCCCGCUCAGCUGGAAAGACUGGUCGGUGGAUCCAGCAGAACAGUUUUAUUAUGUCUGGCUCCAGGUUAUGAUCUUUCCCAUCGUCUACAACUCCGUCAUCAUCAUCCUGAGGUACAAUCUUGGAUGAAAAUAGAGUGGGAUUCAUAAACACUUACCCCGAAAUGUUUGAAACAGACUUAUUUAUGUUUCUUUAGAACAUGCUUCACUAUGAUCGCACUGAGCUACCUGCCUGUGUGGCUCACACUGGACUACCUGGCAGACCUCAUGUAUAUAAUUGACAUGGUCAUCACAGUUCAUACAGGUAAAUUAUGAGGAUUUUGAUUGGAAUUUAAACAUGUUACACUGAGGAUCAUUAGUCUGAAAUGACUGGACUUUGAAUUUAUGCAGCCUCUUACAAAACUGAACCCAAGUGAACCCAUUCCCAUCUUUACUUAUGAUCAGCUUAUCUCCUUUACGAUGCCUUUUCAUGCUGCAAAUUAACCUAAUAAGUUUAGAGGUUCUCCUCAAGUUGACUUUUAACUUCCUCAGAGUUUUAUUAUCCCGUCUUGGCUUUUUUGAAGCCCUGAAUUCAUGCUGUAAAACAAAUUAAACCUUUUUUCAAGUAGUAUGGAUUUAAUAAUUUUCUCAAAAAGCAUGGAAUGACUUUGGUUUGGUAUUUGUGUCAGUGUUGGUAAUGAGCUGUUCUUCUCUCUCCAGGAUACUUGGACCAGGGAAUCCUGAUCAGGGACAUAUACCAGCUGAAGAAGCGCUACCUGCAUUCCAAACGUUUCCUAAGAGACGUGGUGUCACUGCUGCCCACUGACCUCCUCUACUUUGUCUUUGGCAUCCAAACUCCCAUGGUGAGGAUCAACCGCCUGCUGCGAAUCCCGCGUCUCAAUGAGGCCCUGGACCGCAUGGAGACCAGAACCUCCUACCCGAACACCUUCCGCAUUUCCAAACUCAUGAUCUAUAUCUUCGUGUUGAUCCACUGGAAUGCCUGUCUCUACUUCGCUCUGUCCAGCUACAUUGGCUUUGGAAGUGAUCGAUGGGUUUACCCAAACAUGACCAACCCUGAGUUUGCCUCCAUGCGUCGUCAGUACAUCUACUGCUUCUGGUUCUCUGCCCAGAUUUUCACCACAGUAGGAGACACCCCCCUGCCAAAAAGGGAAGAGGAGUAUCUGUUCAUGAUUGCAGAUCUGCUCAUUGCUGUGCUCGUCUUUGCAUCCAUUGUUGGGAAUGUUGGAAAUGUCAUCACAAGCCUAAGAGAUCGCGAUAAUGUCUUCUUUCCGAACCAUGAGCUGGUAAGUUUGUAAGAUGGUUGAGUUUGCCAAACUUUCCUACUUGAAAUUUUCAACAAGAAGCUGAUUGUUCGACCCAAAAGCUCAAGAGAAAAAAAUGAAUAAAAAAAAUGUCACCAGUUCUGACCUCUACAAUCCAAGAUGGCAACUCAGUAAAUUAAACAUUUUCAGCACUGACAAGCUGUUUGAUUUCUACUUUUGAGGAAAAUAAGGAGUCCAAUAUGUCAGAAGGCUUGAGCUGAAUUUCUAAGGCCCAUCCAUUGGUAAAAAGGCUGUAACAUGUAUGUGUGAUGGGAGUAUGAUAUACCACAUGAUGUUGUUCAUUAUGCUGUGGACAUAUUGAUGAACAUUAUCUGACAGUGGGAUUUAUAUAUAAUAAUAAUAAUAAUAAUAAUUCAUUUUAUUUGUACAGCGCUUUUAAAAACACUCAAAGACGCUUUACAUGGUACGUAAAAUUCAAGAUAAUAAGACAAAGACAUAAAAACAGUAAGAUGGACGAAACAGUUAAAUAUUAAAAGCAAUUUUAAAUACCACAUGAUGUUGUUCAUUAUGCUGUGGACAUAUUGAUGAACAUUAUCUGACAGUGGGAUUUAUAUGUGCUCAUUUAUAUCAAUUCCUACUCUAAACAACUUUUUACAUGUUCAAUAAAUGUGAUGCAGUACUUCACAGUUUGGGGAUUCAAACAAUCCUGGAAAAUCAGUCAUGAUAUCAUCUAGAUUUUUUUUAAUUCCCAGGUUUUAGGUAUUCUACAUGUUAUAGUUAUUCAUAUGAAUAUUCACACCCACCUAUAAAUGCAUGCUUGUACAUAUGCAUAUAGAGAUAAGAGAUCAGAAGAAUUUUAUUUAACCCGAAGGGAAAUUCAAUAUCUACAUAUAUCCAUGUUUACUCAUAAAUGUGCAUGUACAUAUGACCAGACAAAACACAUAUAACCAGACAUGCCUGCAAUCACACUCAUGCAUACAAAGUAAGUUGUGUGCAGAAUGAAAGUUUUUAAUGUCUUCCUUUUUUGUAAAAUAUUUCACAAAACUAAGGACUGCAAAUUGCAUCCAUGAUUGUUUGCUUUUAUUGGCUGUAGAGGUUUAUUUUAAUCUGACAUUACCGAAAAGGUGUUCUUCCCUUUUCCAGGUAAAGGCAUACCUGCGUAGCCACCAUAUCAGCAAAGAGCUACGUCAGCGUAUCGACAACUGGUACCAGCAUCUUCACAUCAACAAGAAGAUUAUGAGAGAAAAUGAGAUCCUUCAGCAGCUUCCUGUUCACCUGAGGACAGAGAUCGCUGUCAGCGUUCACCUACCCACACUCUCCAAAGUCACUAUCUUCCAGAGCUGUGAGAAGAGUCUGUUGGAGGAGCUGGUGCUCAAACUGAACCCUCAGGUCAGGGAAAGAACAGAGUGGUAUUCAUCAGAGGGAUAAGUAAUGUUUGGCCUUGUAUCAUAGAUUUGUGGAUUGUUCAGAAAGUUUUAUUUUUGCCUUUUUGUCCUGCAGGUGUUCAGUCCAGGAGAAUACGUGUGCAGGAAAGGAGAUGUGGGCCACGAAAUGUACAUCAUCAAGGAGGGAAAACUUGCAGUUGUUGCAGACGAUGGGAUCACGGAGUUUGCUGUGCUGAGUGAGGGGAACUUCUUUGGGGAAAUAAGUAUCCUCAACAUUAAAGGUAAGACAUAUGUCAAGUAUUCUCUGUGUUACUAAUACGAGCAUUAAGAUACAAGUUAAACACAUGAUUAAUUAAAGCUCCCAUGGGUAGUUUUUAGCUGGUAAAGAAAGUAACUAUCAUUACUACAGAAUAUUAUUAAAAGCUCUUACGAUGAGUGUUUUUUUUAACCUCAAUGAAACAGACUGAAAUUUAUAUUGAUGCCUUAUUAUGGAAUAUAAGAGCAAACACGAUCAUCCCUGAAAAAUUGGAUGAUUUAUUUAAUCCUAAUUUUUAACGUUUUAAAACUGGUGUGAAGGGGUAGGUGUAAAAAGUCAGCAGGAUAACAUUUUGAUCAAAAAUCACAACUUAGGAGUAUGGAGGAUAAGAUGAGCAAAGGCGGCAUUGUCCACAUGGGGGCGCCAGAUGUGAUGUAAACUGAAAGUUCCUCAUUGGAGCUUUAAGUAUUUUCACCGAGAAGUCUUGUACUUCACUACAACAAAGGUUGUCAAACUUUGGUAAAUUGUUUGUCUGGAAACAUUGUGUCUUUUGGCUUAAUUUUUUUCCUUAUUUUGAUAAGCUUUUAAUAAAACUUUCUAAGAUGAAACAACUUUUUUCUUUGUAGGGAACAAGUCAGGCAAUCGUCGCACUGCCAACAUUCGCAGUAUUGGCUACUCCGACUUAUUCAGCUUGUCCAAAGAAGACCUGACAGAUGUGCUUUCUGAGUUCCCUGCAGCCAAGUGCCACCUGGAGGAGAAAGGCAGACAAAUUCUCACCAAGAUGGGCAUGUUGGAGGAGAGCGGGGAGGGUACGGAGGGGGAGACAGAAAAAGUUGAAACCAAGAUACAAAGGCUGGAGAGGAACUUGGAAAUCUUGCAGACAAAACUGGCUCGACUGAUGGUGGAGCUGGAGUCAAGUAACCGCAAGAUGCAGGCCAGGGUGGAGCAGUUGGAGUGGGAGGUGGCAGCUCUGGGGACUCAGCUGCCAGAGGAUGUAGAAGGAGAGCUGGCAGAGGGGAGAGGUGAAGGGGUGGGAGGAGAAGUGGGCUGGGAAAGAGAAGAGGCUGAGGGUGAAGAGGAAAAAGGUUCAGACACAAAGGUAAAAAAACAGGGACAGGGAGAGGAUGGUAAAGAUGUGACCAAAGAGGGAGAUGGAGAAAGCACAAAAAGUACCAAAGAGGACACAGAGAGGACGGUGGAGGGAGAUAAAUCAGGAGUGAAGGACGCAGGCAAUCAGGGAAAGACAAUAGAAGAUGACAAAGAAAAGAGCAGAGAGAAAGGAGAUGAUAGACCGGGGAAAGGGGAUGGAGCUGAGAUUGAGCCUGAAGAUGAGAAGGACGAGAAAAGUGCAGAGAGAAAAUCUGAAGACGGGGGAGAAAAUGGAAAAGAAGACUGA